AUGCUACUACCGCUUCUGAGCGCGUGUUCCAAAAUAGAACGGCUUGCCUUACCAGAGAUGUCUUCGUCAGUGGUGUCCGAUCGGUCUGUGCGCAGUGAUCAGAGGAUAUCAGUGGAACCUGAAGUCUUUGACUUUUACGGAGAUGAACGGCAGGCUAAACCGACAAUGGAGAGAGAUUUCAAUUCGGAGGCAGCAAGCGCGUUGGUCCAGUACCACCGUAUGACUCUUCGAAAAAUAUCUCUUGCAAACCGCAUUGGUAUUGAGAACUUCAUGCUGGAGAUCAUUCUCCGGUCAUGCCCCGGUCUGGAGCGUUUCCAGUCAUUGGAUUUCACAUUUAGGGAGGAAAUGGUGGGCACGUACGUCGAUCCUGUCCUCGAGGUUCAAGACUUGCAGAGCGUUGUUCCCUCGCUGUUAUACGACUAUGGCGAAAUGUCGAGCCCUGGAGAUGAUACACAUGGCACGGGAUGGAUCGGGCCCAUGCCAGGACGGAUGCUCGAGCCGGGAUGGGUUUGUCGCGGACUAAAGGUGUUGUGCAUCCAGUAUGCAGAGAAGACGGAUGAGGUCAUCCCAGGGACCCUUUAUUCUCAGAUCAUGCGGCUGGAGCAUCUAGAGGAACUGUAUCUGUCUCGCAAAAUACUACCAUUGCCAGCCACACCGGCGAUAAUAGCUGCCGGUGCGGAUGCUCAACGAAGAUUAGCUGAGGAAGAGUAA